GCACUGUUUUCCUCUCCCCGCCCCUGAAUCACUUCCUCCAGCAGCCGCGGCGAGGAGGCCAACAAAGCACCACUGAGAGCCCGUCUGGAUUCAUUUCCAAACCACCAGCAGUCUAGGUCCGCCGGCCCGGCAGCGAUUCACAGCUGUGUGUCUGAACCAGCUCUCAGCGUGUUAACUCUCAGCGAUGGCAGCGAUCAGGAAAAAGCUGGUCAUAGUGGGAGAUGGAGCCUGUGGGAAGACCUGUCUGCUCAUCGUGUUCAGUAAGGACCAGUUUCCAGAGGUCUACGUGCCCACAGUGUUCGAGAACUACGUUGCUGACAUUGAAGUUGACAGCAAACAGGUGGAAUUAGCACUCUGGGACACAGCAGGACAAGAAGACUACGACAGACUGCGUCCACUUUCUUAUCCAGACACUGAUGUCAUUCUCAUGUGCUUCUCCAUCGACAGUCCUGACAGUCUUGAGAACAUCCCUGAGAAGUGGACCCCUGAGGUGAAACACUUCUGCCCUAAUGUUCCCAUUAUUCUGGUGGGAAAUAAAAAGGACCUGCGUAACGAUGAGCACACCCGGAGGGAGCUUGCCAAAAUGAAGCAGGAACCUGUGAAACCAGAGGAUGGUCGGGACAUGGCCAACAGGAUUGGUGCCUUCGGAUACAUGGAGUGUUCAGCAAAAACAAAGGAUGGCGUGAGGGAAGUGUUUGAGAUGGCCACCAGGGCUGCACUACAGGCCAGGCGGGGAAAGAAGAGCAGUAAAUGUGUCCUACUGUAAACGAGGGCACGAGGACUGCUUUCUACUGGGGGAAAGAAGGAGCAUUAGGUCAAACCUACCCCCCACCCCCAAACACACCCACACAAAAGACUGUUCUCCCCAGUUUUUACUAAAGGUGUAUUGCUUUUACUUUUUUUUGUCUUAAGCAUACGUAGUCAAGUUCUGUCAGUAUUCAAUUUUGAGGUAAUGGAAAACUAAUUUUUUGUACUUAAAAAUGAGUAAAUUUGCCAUAAGGAAACCUCCUUUAUCAACUUGUAAUCAAAGAGGUCAGCCAAGGGACCUGCUGUGUCAUAUCUGCCAACUACAGUCAAGUGCUUAAGCCCCGCCUGCUGAUCUGAGGAAUGUUUCCACAGCCAACUAGGGUGAAGUACCUGUACACUGUGACCCGUGGUCCUUUCAAUUAUUUCAACAAACGGAUGCACACAUGAAGUUGAAAAUUUGUUUGUGCCCUUCAUAUACGAAUCCUUUGUGCAGUAUGAUCACAUGCACAAUAUGAGACUGGAAACUCAUUUUGUUAAAAAACGCAAAUGGAAACUUAGUGUUUUGUGUAAUAAAUUUCUUUGUAAGAAUCUUGA